UUGGGAUCAAACAUUUCCAGUGCAAAUUUGUACCUGCAGCCUGCAAUAACUUCUGACACAGUCUCCGGGGUUCGCUUUGGGGUUGGUGCAAUUUCAUCCCACAUUUUACAUUUCAAAUCGACCGUUGAGGUGGUGUUCUGAUCGUGCGAGUGCGAGUGUUCUGCCGGUUCCCAGUGGUGAUCGUGAAAAAGUCGUGAGCUAUGUGAUUCCAUAUAAGGGACUGUUUUCGAACUGUAAGCACAAGCCCAAGUGAUCCAAAGUGUGACCAAUCGCGCUUUGGAGUGGUGUAACUCACGAAGAAUUUCAGCAGCAGUCAUUUGUAUUGUCAACGAUUGGAAUCAUCCCACUAAACGAGAACUAGAACUGCUUGAACCGUUGGUGCCCUGAAAAACGUGCCGCGUGAGCGCGAACAGGUACAGCAGCCGCUUCGGUCCUGUGGCAGAAGAAAAAGGUUAAUUCCGAAGCACGACUGCCCUUAGCUUGGCGCGAUCCGGACUCGACGUUGAACAUCGUUUGUGGCGAGCCUUGUGGCAUCCAUUCAGAAUCAUGAACCAGCGCAUUGCAAUUCUUCUGAUGGUUUGCGCCAUAAGCCCAACCACCUUUGCCAAAGCGGCCAAACAAAAGCGCCUGUUGCAGGACCUCUCGGGACCCGUGCUGUCCGUUGCUGCUGGACCGACCACAUAUUAUCACCCAGCCGGGUUACAGCCACAAGGUUAUUUUGCCAAACCACUGCCAACCCCUGCGACAUCUUACCUCCCGAAAUCCUCCUUGGGCAAUAUCUACAAGAACUAUUUCGAAUAUUCCAACUACGGCUCCCCAUUCCAGUUCAUUAGCGGUAACAACCUAGGAUUACACGACGAAGAAACCUACAUCGCCGACGGGCGCAUCCUGAAGCAAUACGCCGUCAUGGAACACCACCCGGAGGAAGUGGAACGCAAUCGAUUGCUUGAAUUGAGCCACAGUCGGCCAUCGCCUGCCUUCGCAAGCCCCAAUUUUGAUUCCCUGUUCGAUUCACUCACGCUGGUUUAUCCCACCACUACCGUUGGGAUCAACCCUCGGUUUGGAAUACCCAUCAAGGAACGAUCGCCCCUUCUCACCACGAACCAUGGACCCAUUGCACUCGGGUCCGGCUCUCUUGGAUACAUCAUAGGUCCGAACGGUGUAUCCAUCGGGUCGGGAUCACUGGGCUACAUUAGCCACCAGCAGCACCGGGAAACACUCGCCGACAUUCUGUCCCGAAGAAAUCGAAAAUUGAGCCCAGGACCGCUGCACUUUGGUCACGCUCAUGAUUAAUACCCGCGGGGCGCGAUACCGGUAGAGGCUGUUCCAAGGAGGCUCGAAAAAAAACGGCCAAUUGUGUCGUAGGCGUAGAAGAAAAUGCAUUUUACGGAUCGUAGGUAAUUUUAAUAGAACGAAAUGUGUUUAGUUACCAUGAUGAGUAGAAUAUAUGCACUGCAGGAUAUGAUCCCAGUUUAGGUAUUUUAUCAUUUUUUUAAAUUUUUUUACUUCGGGAAUUGUUUAUGUUCUUUUAAGAAAAUCUAAUUGUUUUAUUCGAUACGUGACAUAAAAUAAUUUGGUAUAUUAACGAAAAUUUAUAAGCAUUUAUGCCGCUUGUUAUCACAAGUUCACAGGUAGAUGUUUCUAGUUUGCUUAGGGUUCGAAGGAACAAAAAUCGUUGUUGAUCUCCACUCAGCGCUAAGUUUACGUUAGCAGCUUUGUGUGACAACUUGGAGUAGCGUGACGGUGUUCGAAGUGAAGAGAUGAAGUAUUAAA